CCUGCCCUGAUCCUCUGUUCAACGAGCUGGUGAAGAGCCGCGCUUCCAAAACCAUCAAGACUCUGACGGAGAUCAACAUCGCCUUCUUGCCCUACGAGUCUCAGGUGUACUCUCUGGACAAUGCAGACGCCUUCCACAGUUUCUACAGCCCACAUAAGACCCAGCUGAAGAACCCGGUGAUGGAGAGGCUGGCCGAGCAGCUGGCCACGCUCUGCGCCACCCUGAAGGAGUACCCUGCCGUCAGAUACCGAGGCGAGUACAAGGACAAUGCCACCCUGGCCCAACUGGUUCAGGACAAACUGGACGCCUACAAGGCUGAUGACCCCACUAUGGGAGAGGGUCCAGAUAAGGCUCGCUCACAGCUGAUCAUCCUGGACAGGGCGUUUGACCCCGUCUCUCCUGUCCUGCAUGAACUCACCUUCCAGGCCAUGGGCUACGACCUCUUGCCCAUCGAAAACGAUGUGUACAAGUAUGAGACGAGUGGCAUCGGAGACUCUCGUGAGAAGGAGGUUCUGCUGCAUGAAGACGAUGACCUGUGGGUGAGCCUGAGACACAAACACAUAGCGGAGGUGUCCCAGGAAGUGACACGCCAGUUGAAGGAGUUUUCUGCCAGCAAGCGGAUGAACACUGGGGAGAAGACCACAAUGAGGGACCUGUCCCAGAUGCUGAAGAAGAUGCCUCAGUACCAAAAGGAGCUCAGCAAGUACUCCACUCAUCUGCAGCUGGCUGAGGACUGUAUGAAGCAUUACCAGGGAACAGUGGACAAACUGUGCCGUGUGGAACAGGAUCUGGCUAUGGGCACAGACGCUGAGGGAGAGAAGAUCAAAGACCCCAUGAGAGCUAUCGUGCCCAUCCUGCUGGAUGCCAACGUCAGCACAUAUGACAAGAUCCGCAUCAUCCUGCUCUACAUUUUUCUCAAGAAUGGCAUUACGGAGGAGAACCUGAACAAGUUGAUCCAGCAUGCUCAGAUCCCCCCUGAGGACAGUGAGAUCAUCACCAACAUGGCUCACCUGGGCGUCCCCAUCGUCACAGAUUCCACCCUCCGCAGAGGAAAGAAGCUGGACAGGAAGGAGCGUGUGAGCGAACAGACCUAUCAGCUGUCCCGCUGGACACCACUGGUCAAGGAUAUCAUGGAGGAUGCUAUUGAGGAUAAGCUGGACACCAAGCACUACCCCUACAUCUCCACCCGCUCCUCUGCCUCCUUCAGCACCACUGCAGUCAGUGCUAGGUACGGCCACUGGCACAAGAAUAAGACACCUGGAGAGUACCGCACUGGCCCACGUGUCAUGGUCUUCAUCAUCGGUGGCGUGUCCUUCAGUGAGAUGCGCUGUGCCUAUGAGGUCACACAGGCCAAUGGGAAGUGGGAGGCCGUUAUUGGUGCCACCCACUUGCUCACCCCCACCAAAUUCUUAUCGGACCUGCAGCACCCUGACUUCCGAGAGUCCACUAGGGUGUCCUUUGAGGACGCAGACCCCUCAGCCGAGUGAGGCAGAGACAGAUUGGGAGGGAGGGAGAGAGAAAUCACACUGAAAAAAGAUCGACCAACAUCUUCACCCCCACCACCCUGCUGGAGCAGCUCAAGGCCAUGAACAAACCAGAAGAGGAAGUGACAAGCUAAAAUCCUCAUAUCACAUCUCUCUCCGCUUUACCUUAACCCUGACUACCCCCUUAACAUCCCCACCAAAACCCUACUUUAAGUGUGUAUGCAUCUUGCUUGAGAAGAAAAAAAAAAGACAUCUCGGAUGAUAAAAAAAAAAAGAACAUACAUGUGGUAUCAAAGAAUAAAAUUGUUGCAAGUAUUCUCAUGUUUUACAAUGGAUGCAACUAGAUAAGCUUAUUUAAAAAGGUUUAAAUAUCAGAACAGAAGGCCAUUUAAAACUGAAAGUACCAAAAUGUAAUAUUGUAUGCUAUGAAACCUGCUAGAAUGUGUAAAGGUUUUUCUCGUUUGUUCCUUUGGGUUUCCUCCCCAGUGUGAGUUUUAUUGGGAACGGGUGGAGGGAUAUGCAGUUUGAGAGGUUGAUGUUGUAAAAUAUAUCAUAUCAGUCAACAGGCAAUAUAUAAAUAUAUAUAGAUAUAUUCAUCAGAGAGGAGUCCCCCCCAGCCCAUUUAAGAUGUUCGUAUUCAGUAGCAUGCUUGGACUUGUGUGGACUGUUAAUGUGUUUGUGUGUGUGUGUGUUCUGGGAGCCACAUUUAGCAUUUAGCUUUUUCCUAAGAUGUUGGAUACUCCACUGAAAACCUUUGUUCUGAGUAUCGAAAAGUAUAAAAACGUGCUUCAAAACUUUUCAAACCACUCCUGAAGCAUUAUCCACUACUCAACAAACAGUGUGAAAACUCAACUGCCAGUGUUUUAGGUAUAUUUUUCCAAAAUACUGCGCUAGUUGUGCACAAAAAAUAUGCUAACAAUAAAUAAAUAAAAAAUUUUACUCUUUGGAACAUACUGGGCACAGUUGGACAGAGAAUAAGUGGACAAUGCUUAUGGAGUGGUAGAAGUGAUGAGGAUGUUUUGAUACAGUUUUUCGCGGUGAAACCAUCGUGUAUGUGUAUCCAAGCUAACCUCGGCAGCUGUCCUCCUGCAAAUUUCCAUCUUGUAACACCUCUUCCCAAUGUACAGAGAGCUCUAAUGAAUAGAGGGCAAAAAAUUGUCCACAUGUACCACAAGCAAUGUUGCCCACGUUGACUGGAGGGGAAACAGAAACGUCAAGGUUGAUUUUGUCCAAUGAAAAUAUGUUGGAGUUACGCGAAACUUGGAACCAGGGCAAGAGUGUCUUAGCCUGUUUGCUGAGUCACGUAGCAGGUUAGGACACCCCCAUUGGGAAAAACUCAAACAAUCAGAUACUUGCUCGUUAGCCCUAUUCUAGGCAAUGCGACGAGAAAAACUUUGUUUGAAUAAAGUUGAAAAUGUUUAACUGUUGGGAACUCGUGUGAUCUGCCGAAAAGUGACUUUGUGGUGUGAAGGAAGUUUAGUGUAUUCCUGCAGUGGAUGAACUGAUGUGGAGGAAAAAAUCUUUGUAACUUGUUACUUUCUCAGAUCCAUUUUUUCUAUGUCCCUUGCCUCCAGGAUCACAGAUACAAAGUCGAAGUACUGCUUGGCACAAUAGAUGUUUGAUAAUGAGAAAGCUAACGUUACUCGCUAGCUUGCGACAAGUUAAAAGAGGCAAAGGUUACGUUGCUGUGUUUGAUACUCAACGCAUACAAUUCUGGUUAAGUAUACGUUUAAAAACACUUGGUUUAGCAAACAUUGGAAAGAGAAAAAAGCCAGAAACACCCCUCCUCCGGCUGCCGAGACUGUAAAGUAGUUACUUGCCACGUUUUCCUUUGUCCAGAGAAACUUCACGUUUUAUUGUGGAAAAGGCCGUUGCUUGCUGAUAUUUAAUGAAUAUUAAAAGGGCCAGUUGUAUUUCAGUAUUGUAUCCUGUCUGAAUAAGUCUUAUCAUUGGUUAGUAAUGUUUAAUUGAGCCAUGCACUGAGUAGUGUUGUGUAUAUGCCAUAUGUUGCUGUUUUAGCUCUCACUGUCGACUGGUGAAAUUUUCUGACUUCGAAGUAGUGAUACUUUUCCUUUAAAGAUGCCAAUGUGAAGCCGCCGUGUUUGUGAUGUUUAGCUGUAGCUGUUAGUCGUCAACUGAGAAAAAAGAACUUUAUCCGUUUCCUCCUCUGGUGCAAUGUAAAACCCUCCAAUGGCGAAUGGCUUUGCAAAAAACUUAAACCCACCCUUUUCACUUUUAUUUCCUCCCCUCCUUCCCCUUUCCUGGCCAACAAGUUGUAUAUUGCACUAUAAUGCGUUUUCUGUGAUGCAAACGCUUGACUUUGUGUUUUUUUUUUUCUACUAUAAUUUGCUGUUGUAUAGGGUUAUAGGGUUGUCAAAUUAAUUGAUUUAUAUCAAAAUUAUUUAUCAGAGAAAAAAAUAAUAAAUACAUUAGUCUGUCCUAAAACUGUUUAACUUAUUGGGAUUGUAUGUUUGCGAGUGUUGAAGCACAAACAAUACUUCCAUGUGUACCUAACAUGUACUAAGGCUGUCUAAUAAAUUGGCUUCCAUUACA